AUGGCAGGGACGGUGAUCAUUACAGGAGCAAACGGCUCUCUCGCGCUGGGGUUCAUGGCCCACAUCCUCUCGCAAUAUCCUCACUUCACAGUCAUUGCAACCGUCCGAAAUGCCUCAAGUGGGAAAGACGAAAACACCGCCAAACUUGUCGAUCUCGUUUCCAAUUGUCCCACGGCCAAGGUCAUCAUCGAGGCCCUCGACCUCGGCCGGCUAGAUACCGUUCGCUCGUUUGCCCACAAAGUAGCAAACCAGGUUGCCUCGAAAGAGAUACCGCGCAUUUCAGCUAUCAUUUGUAACGCAGCGACUUGGUCGUUGGAAGGUGGGCAGAAAUUCACGGCAGAUGGGUAUGAGGCGACCUUUCAAGUAUGUCACUUGGCACACUUUGUGCUUGUCAAUUUGCUCUUGGACAGUCUCAAUCGGGAUAAUGGACGGAUUGUGAUGCUGGGAUCCAUCACGCACGAUCCGCAUAAGAUGCAGCCGAUCUCGUCACUGACGGCUGAGUUUCCUGGAAAUCUCGAGGAAUUGGUCAAGCCGACGGUAGAUCCUGCAUCACUUAUUCAUGAUCGUGGGUUUCAACGGUACGCGACUGCCAAAUUGGCGAAUGUGACGUUUGCGUUGCAUUUGAACAAGAUACUGAAAGAGAACCCCCAAUACUCCAAGAUCACCGUGACGGCAAUGGACCCGGGGGGACUACCGGACUCGCGAGCUCAAAUAGAACAAAAGAAAUCCACCCAACGAAUCAUGAACGUCAUCAAAGUCCUGUUGCCUCUGCUCAGACAUUUCACCUCAACAUUCCGGACCAUUGAAGAUGCAGGCAAAGAUCUGGCUAUUGUCAGCGUGGAUCCGACCUUUCAUGGAAAGAGAGGAUAUUUUGUCGGUGUGAAGGACAGCGAGCCGGCAGCCAUCAGUCGGGAUGUUCAAUGUCAACAACGGCUUUGGGAAGCGUGCUGGAGAUGGAGUGGAAUGAGAGGGGAGGAUACGUGUUUGAAGACUAGUUCUUCCUGA